UACAGGUAACAUUGCUCGUAACUGUCACUGCACGGUUGUCAUGCGAUAUUAUUUUGGAAAAUUAGUGGUGUUUUCACAAAUUCUCUACAAUUAUGCGACUUCCUAAUUACUUCAAACCGUGAUCCGAUUCGCAUGUCUCGGUUACGUUCAGUCUAAUUCAUCGUUUUCCUACAAUUUGUGGUAUUCCAGUAACAACAGCUACGAUGGAUAACGGUGCGAUACAAACACUCGAGACUGCAGCCCAGAUGUUGAUGGCUCCACCAACCCUGGUGACAUCAGAGCAGCGACAUCAAGCAGAAAGUGUCUUCCUAGAGUUCAGGAGUACCAAAAACCCUUAUCAACUCUGCAGGGAGAUUCUAGAAAAGUCUAGAACCGACUAUGUCCUAUUUGAAGCAGCCGGGCUGUUGAAGACGGCACUUAUCAGAGAAUGGACAUUAUUGUCUGAAAGCGAUAUUUCUUCUCUAAGAGAAUAUUUGCUAAAUUAUUUGCUGAGGCAAGAGACUCCGCCGUUUUUGAGAGAAAAAUUGUUGCAGACAAUAGCAAUAAUCAUCAAAAGAGGCAGCAUAGACGAUGGCGGAAGAGAGAGAAAGGCUUUACUCACAGAAUUAGAGAAAAUCAUUCUAAGCUCACCCAUAAACCAACAGAAACUCGCCUGCUCUCUCAUCCUCGCUAUCAUGCAAGAAUACGCCAUCACUGUCAAAUCAGCCGACGUAGGCUUGAUAUGGGAAGUACACUUUAGACUUAAGAAAUCCUUCGAAGCGUUGGACUUAAAAAGAAUAUUCAGAUUUACUGUCAGCGUUUUAGAACAGAUAGUUCGCUCCGGACACAGGCCUGAAGGCGAACAAGCGUUACUGACUAAGCAGCUACUAACUAUAGUCGAAACGGUACUAUGCUGGGGGCAAGUGUCUCCGCUCCUACCAAAGCGGUUAAUCGGAGCAUUUGAAGCUAUAUAUGAAAGCGAUGCAGCCCCCGCUCUAAGGCUAAGUUUAAACUGGAGAGACACAAUAUUACAACCGGAGCUGAUCGCUCUAUUCUUCGAGAUACAUAUGUAUGUGAGAACGAAUCCUGAUCUAGCUAAUCCGUCUUUAACCUGCCUAGUACAGCUGGCUAGUUUGAGCGGUGUAGUGGUCUCUGCUAGCAAUUUAAAACAGCAGUAUUUGGAGAACUAUGUGAACAGUUUCUUGAAUAUGAUGGCUAAUAUUCAGCCGAUGGAGAGAGAGAUGCUUGGUAUAUCGGAUAUAUAUCGGCGGUUGAUUCAGUUCUUCGCACCGAGCAUGAUCGCUAAUACGCCGCCGACUUUGCUGCAGAAUUUAACGACGCUCACUUGCCAUUGUAUUAGAGGAGCUGUGGUGGAAGAAGGGGUAAACGAUGACUCGGUCUGGCGAGAAUCCCUGAACAAAUUCCUGCACACUUGGAGUUCCAUCGUCCACGACACGGACGGAUACUCGGCGGACACGCUCACAAACCCGUGUAUAGAGAUAUUUAACACUUAUCUACAAUGUCGGUUGGCACCGCCGGAUGGGACCAGAGGCGUGGAAAGCAGCGACGGCUGCGCCGACGACAUAAAAGACGACGUGGAAGAAGACGAACGAAAACAACACAGCGACGUAUUGUUGACUAUUGGUGCCAUCGCCAGAAAAGCUCCCGCGCAUUGCUGCCAUGUGCUCUUCACUGUCCUCCACGAACGGAGCAAGAGAUUGGAGGAGCAUCUGCAGCUAAUGCAUAUGGGCAAGCUGCCGGUGAGCGGCGGCGAACAACUGAUCAGUUUGUUCGAGGAUCUACACUGGACUCUCAUGAUUACAGGUCAUUUCCUCGCGAUCGACUGCACCGAGGGCGAGACAGUGAUGAUGCCUCCCGAGAUAGUACAGUUCAGUCUCCGAGAAAACGCCAACGUGGACGCUUCCCUGCGAUAUCUGGUGGGGGAGAGCGCUAGCACUGAGAAUGUCGAUCCUGUGCUUAAGCUGAUCGGCGAAAUACUCCGCAUCAGUGCCUAUGAAUGCGCCGCGCUGGAGGCGGGGCUGGCGGGCGUGUUCUCGCCGGAGCUGUCCGCCACCGUGUCGUGGCUGCUCAAGAUAUGGGCCAACUCGUACCUCAUGCCGCAGCCGUCUCUAUACUCAGAGAUGGCACCAAUCCUAGAGAUGGCGUUCGGGCGGUCGUCGCGCGGCGCGGUGUGGACGGUGCGGCGCCUGUGCGCGCGCGCCGGCGCCGGCCUGCGCCACCUGGCCGCGCAGCCCGCCGCCGCCGCCGCCGCCGCGCAGCUGCUCACCACCCUGGCGCUGCAUCACCACAAGUACGUGCUGACCUUACCCGGCGCCGGCCUGCGCCACCUGGCCGCGCAGCCCGCCGCCGCCGCCGCCGCCGCGCAGCUGCUCACCACCCUGGCGCUGCAUCACCACAAGUACGUGCUGACCUUACCCGGCGCCGGCCUGCGCCACCUGGCCGCGCAGCCCGCCGCCGCCGCCGCCGCCGCGCAGCUGCUCACCACCCUGGCGCUGCAUCACCACAAGUACGUGCUGACCUUACCCGGCGCCGGCCUGCGCCACCUGGCCGCGCAGCCCGCCGCCGCCGCCGCCGCCGCGCAGCUGCUCACCACCCUGGCGCUGCAUCACCACAAGUACGUGCUGACCUUACCCGGCGCCGGCCUGCGCCACCUGGCCGCGCAGCCCGCCGCCGCCGCCGCCGCCGCGCAGCUGCUCACCACCCUGGCGCUGCAUCACCACAAGUACGUGCUGACCUUACCCGGCGCCGGCCUGCGCCACCUGGCCGCGCAGCCCGCCGCCGCCGCCGCCGCCGCGCAGCUGCUCACCACCCUGGCGCUGCAUCACCACAAGUACGUGCUGACCUUACCCGGCGCCGGCCUGCGCCACCUGGCCGCGCAGCCCGCCGCCGCCGCCGCCGCCGCGCAGCUGCUCACCACCCUGGCGCUGCAUCACCACAAGUACGUGCUGACCUUACCCGGCGCCGGCCUGCGCCACCUGGCCGCGCAGCCCGCCGCCGCCGCCGCCGCCGCGCAGCUGCUCACCACCCUGGCGCUGCAUCACCACAAGUACGUGCUGACCUUACCCGGCGCCGGCCUGCGCCACCUGGCCGCGCAGCCCGCCGCCGCCGCCGCCGCCGCGCAGCUGCUCACCACCCUGGCGCUGCAUCACCACAAGUACGUGCUGACCUUACCCGGCGCCGGCCUGCGCCACCUGGCCGCGCAGCCCGCCGCCGCCGCCGCCGCCGCGCAGCUGCUCACCACCCUGGCGCUGCAUCACCACAAGUACGUGCUGACCUUACCCGGCGCCGGCCUGCGCCACCUGGCCGCGCAGCCCGCCGCCGCCGCCGCCGCCGCGCAGCUGCUCACCACCCUGGCGCUGCAUCACCACAAGUACGUGCUGACCUUACCCGGCGCCGGCCUGCGCCACCUGGCCGCGCAGCCCGCCGCCGCCGCCGCCGCCGCGCAGCUGCUCACCACCCUGGCGCUGCAUCACCACAAGUACGUGCUGACCUUACCCGGCGCCGGCCUGCGCCACCUGGCCGCGCAGCCCGCCGCCGCCGCCGCCGCCGCGCAGCUGCUCACCACCCUGGCGCUGCAUCACCACAAGUACGUGCUGACCUUACCCGGCGCCGGCCUGCGCCACCUGGCCGCGCAGCCCGCCGCCGCCGCCGCCGCCGCGCAGCUGCUCACCACCCUGGCGCUGCAUCACCACAAGUACGUGCUGACCUUACCCGGCGCCGGCCUGCGCCACCUGGCCGCGCAGCCCGCCGCCGCCGCCGCCGCCGCGCAGCUGCUCACCACCCUGGCGCUGCAUCACCACAAGUACGUGCUGACCUUACCCGGCGCCGGCCUGCGCCACCUGGCCGCGCAGCCCGCCGCCGCCGCCGCCGCCGCGCAGCUGCUCACCACCCUGGCGCUGCAUCACCACAAGUACGUGCUGACCUUACCCGGCGCCGGCCUGCGCCACCUGGCCGCGCAGCCCGCCGCCGCCGCCGCCGCCGCGCAGCUGCUCACCACCCUGGCGCUGCAUCACCACAAGUACGUGCUGACCUUACCCGGCGCCGGCCUGCGCCACCUGGCCGCGCAGCCCGCCGCCGCCGCCGCCGCCGCGCAGCUGCUCACCACCCUGGCGCUGCAUCACCACAAGUACGUGCUGACCUUACCCGGCGCCGGCCUGCGCCACCUGGCCGCGCAGCCCGCCGCCGCCGCCGCCGCCGCGCAGCUGCUCACCACCCUGGCGCUGCAUCACCACAAGUACGUGCUGACCUUACCCGGCGCCGGCCUGCGCCACCUGGCCGCGCAGCCCGCCGCCGCCGCCGCCGCCGCGCAGCUGCUCACCACCCUGGCGCUGCAUCACCACAAGUACGUGCUGACCUUACCCGGCGCCGGCCUGCGCCACCUGGCCGCGCAGCCCGCCGCCGCCGCCGCCGCCGCGCAGCUGCUCACCACCCUGGCGCUGCAUCACCACAAACAAAAUCCAUUGGCGGGUUGUGAAGAGUUCUUAGCCCUCGUGGCUUGGGAAGCGGCCGGCAGUAACUUACCUGGAGAACUGAGGAAGGAACUACAUAGAGCUUUUGCCAUCGCUGCGACGUAUGCCGAAGGCGAAGUCCGAAGCCGCCUCCUCGCAAGCACAGUGGCGUUACAAGAGAAACUGAUGAACAUAAUAAACAUGGAGUCGGAUACGGAACCCGUACGAAAUAUGUUGGCGGACACGCUUGAUUGUUUUAUUGGUGUCACAGAGGGCGUGUUUGAGGUCGGAACCAUGGAUGAGCAAUUCAUGAUGCUGAUCGGCGCGCUAGACAAGAUACCCGGUAUAGUGUACCGGUACCACAACUACCCGGGGGUAGUGCUACCUGCUCUCAGACUGCUCGCCAAGAGCGCCAAGCGGAUGCUGCACUCCGUCCAGCCGCACAACGUUAGCAAGUUUCUCGAGGUGUGCAAUACAACUUUCGACGUGUACAUGCGGUGGAAUUCUGGCAAGAUAUCUGGCAUUCCACAGGACGCCGAAGAAGAGGCUUAUGAAGACAUCUGCGCCCUCAUGGAGGUGGUGUGCUCCAUCGCGCGCUGCGGCGCCGAGCGCGCCGUCGGCGACACGUGCGCGCGCGGGCUGCGCCUGCUGCUGCCGCUCGUCACGCCCUCCCUGCUGGCGCUGCCCGCGCUGGCGCACCAGGCCUACCGCACGCUGCGCGAGUUACACACGGCGGAACAGCUAACAAUCCUACCAAUAGAAGAUUUCAACAUGGUAGUCGCCGCGCUACGCGUCGGCCUGACCGCCGUAUCUUGCGACGUGUCCACUCUCUGCUGCGACACCAUCGUAGGCCUAUCAAACAAAGCCCGCACUUUAGGCGACGACAACCCUUACUCUCUUUCCCUUCUAACCCUAGCAGAGUUACUCCUAAUGUUGAUAAUCAAGAUGGAAAUACCUCCAGAUUCAAUCCCAGCUGCCGGAGCAGCUAUAUACGCUUUAACUUGCGUGAAACCAGCGCUCUUAGAAGGCCUCGCGCGGCAACUUAUAGAGGCCUACGCUGUCAACGACCCAGCCAACGUACCUAGAUUGGAAGAGGCCUUUGGGGUCCUCACAAAUGGAGUUCUUUUUGAUGGUUCGAGACCCCAUAAAUUGCGUUUUCAGGAUAAUUUCGAUAAGUUCCUUGCGAGUGUGCACGGGUUUUUGAUCGUGAAAUAAUUGUGCGGAAUUGUAAUUUGGAAGUCAAGGUUUGAUUAAGCUAAAUUUGAUGUUUUUUUACAGAAGAUCGAAAAUAAUAUGACAUGGGAAAUAUAUAUUGUUUAUUUAAUCGAAGUUUUAAUUGGAAUGUAUUGUUUAUACAACGUGUUACACCAGCCACUGAAAGUGGAGUGGGUACACGUUGUAUAGGUCAUUCUGAGCAACUUUUACUAUGAAACCAAUUCCGAAAUCGCGAUAUAAAUUAACUCUCCCAUACAAGAUAUCAAGAUCAACCAGCCAAAAUGUACGAGUCGAUUUUUUUUUUCGCGAUAUUGGGAUUGAUCUCAUUCUAAAAGUUGCUAAGUAUGACCUUACAACGUGUCCCCACCUCUCUUUCAGUGGCUGGUGUAACUUUAUUUUUGCCGUUCUCGAGAACGUUCUCCAUUUACUAAGGGGAAUGUUCUCGCUCGAGAACAUUCUCUAUAAAAACGGAGAACGCUCUAGAGAACGGCACAACUAUAGGCGUAACACGUUGUAGAAUCAUCAGUAGGCACAGCAUAGGAGUGCCGCGGCAAUAUCCGUCAGAAUGUGCGUCUUUUUCUAACAGUAUUAAUUAGAUAGGGGCGGGUACGCGCUCACGCGCGAGAUACUAUCGCAGCGCUCCUGUGCUAAGCUUACGGUUUCAGUAGGGAAAUGGUUUAUAUCAAAUGUUAUAUUUGGUGAAUUUAAAUUGUAUCACCCCGCAAUCACCUUAGAGCGCUAGCUAAAAAUUAUAUCUACAAUAGUAUUGGUUAUUGAGCGUUGCUAAAUGCACUUGGUAAUUUAAGGAAAAAUACGAUUAUUAUAUUAUGUUUAAUAACUAAAUGUCAGUAAAAGGAGACUUAUUGUAAUAUAAGUUCUUGUAAGAUAGCGCUUUUAUCGGUACUGUCUAAUUUAUUAUUCUAAGAGUCGAUUUCUCAAUCUCAGAUAAUUAUCACAGACGGUCAAUUUUAUUUUGCAAUAUUAGUACUUUCAUUAAGUGAACAUUACAGAUAAAGUAAGAACACUAAGCACGAAUAAUUUCGUACAUUGACCCCUCGUUUCCUAUCUUUAUCGCAUUUACGUUAAAACGAAAGUGGAACCACACGCGCGAAAUCGCCUUUUCAUACAAACGUUGUCCUCAUUUUCUUCUCUGGAUAUUAACAUUAUUGAAAAUAUUUUGACACAAUAUGUAUAUCAAAUACAGCUAUGCCUCUACGUUUGUUUUUUUUUCCAAUUACUAACCAUUAUAAGAGUGAGCAUUUAAAAAGUAUGAAAUCUGUUUUCUUGCCUAUUUUUUACAAUAAUAAAAAAAUGGAAAAAGUCAAAAGGGGCAUAGCUAUGGGUAAUAUACAUCAAAUUUCGUAAAAAUAUUUUCCAGAGAGGAAAAUGGGGACUAAGUUUGUAUGGAGAAGUGGCUGUCCUCUUUCCUAAGUGAGAAUUACGGAUAAAAUAAGGAAAUUAAGCAAGCGCAUAAUUUUAUUGCUAUCCCGCUCGUAGAGUAGCAUUGAUCGCCGGCAUCAUGGGUGAGACAGCAAUAUAAUUACGCGCGUGCAAUAGAGAUAGCAACUGGCGGCUCAACGUACGGAAUUCUUCGUGCUUAGCGUCCUUAGUUUAUCGAUAUUUCAAAAAGGAUCGUCAAAGAAAAUUUUGUAGCCACAGUAAAUUUACUGCCAACUUUCGACACAUGAUUAAAACUUUUAGAACAGUGACUAAAGUUGUCAGAUUGACUAGAGGGCAGAGAGUUAUAUUAGCUUGAAGCCAAAGAAAACUUUGUAGCCGCAGUAAAACUGCCAUCUUUAGACACAAGAAUACCAUUUGACUUUGAUCCUUACUCUUUCACUGAUAUGUGUUAAAUUUGUUAAAUAUCUUAAAGUGGCGCCAUCUUACCGGGCAUAGGUCAAAUAUUGUAGCGCCAUCACUCGAAACGAUGACGCCAUAUCUUUGGCCUUUGAGUUAUUAGAUUUUGAUAUUUUUGAUAUUUAACAUAUAUAUGGUGAAAGAAUAAGGAUCAAAGUUAGAUGGCGUUCUAAAAGUUUUAAUCAUGUGUCGAAAGAUGGCAGUAAAUUUACUGUGACUACAAAGUUUUCCUUGACAACCCACCUCUAUUUCAAAUUAUCUUUGGAUAUAUUAUAAAUCU